CUCCUGCCAUUUUUGUGCUACGGGCUAGCUUGCUUAGCAAGGGGUCUCCAUCAGCAGGAGGCGGAGAAAGACUGCAGACAAGCAGAGAGAGCAGUCAAAUCAAGAAACUGAACCUUACCUGGAGAACCGGGGGGCUUUUCCACACAGGAAACAGUUAUUAGAAAGGCUGUACAAUGUCCGAUUUUGACAGCAACCCGUUCGCAGACCCGGACUUCAGCAAUCCCUUUCAGGAUCCUUCAGUGACUCAGGUGACCCGGUCUGCCCCUCCUGGUGGUCUGGAGGAGUAUAAUCCCUUCACAGAUGCCAAAACGGCGGCCCCUGGGAAUACUCCCAAAGCGACUCCUGUACCUCCCCAGCAGAACACACAACCUGCCAUCAUGAAACCCACAGAGGAGCCGCCAGCCUACUCACAGCAACAAAGUCAGGACCAAGCACGUGCUCAGGCGGAGUUGUUGAGAAGGCAGGAGGAGCUGGAGAAGAAAGCGGCAGAGCUCGAUCGUCGGGAGAGAGAACUACAGUCCCACGGAGGAGGGCGUAAGAACAACUGGCCUCCACUGCCAGAGAAGUUCCCCGUUGGUCCAUGUUUCUACCACGACAUUGCAGUGGACAUUCCUGUAGAAUUUCAAAAGACCGUGAAGAUCAUGUACAACCUUUGGAUGUUUCAUGCAGGCACGCUCUUUGUGAACAUGUUCGGCUGCCUGGCCUGGUUCUGCGUGGAUGCAUCUCGCGGUGUAGAUUUUGGCUUGGCCAUGCUAUGGUUUCUCCUGUUUACUCCCUGUUCCUUUGUCUGCUGGUACAGACCGCUUUACGGGGCUUUUAGGAGUGACAGUUCAUUCCGCUUCUUUGUCUUCUUCUUCAUCUAUAUCUGUCAGUUUGGCGUUCACGUUUUACAAAGUAUUGGCAUCGCUGGCUGGGGUACAUGUGGUUGGAUCGCAGCUUUAACUGGUCUGAAUGCCAACAUCCCAGUGGGCAUCAUCAUGUUGCUGAUUUCAGCUCUGUUCACUGCACUGUCCGUGGGAUCGCUCAUCAUGUUUAAAAAGGUGCACGCACUGUAUCGUACCACUGGUGCCAGUUUUGAGAAGGCUCAGCAGGAGUUUGCAACAGGGGUCAUGUCUAACAAGACGGUUCAGACCGCAGCUGCCAACGCCGCAGCUAAUGCUGCAACCAAUGCUGCUCGUGGGGCCUUCAAACCUCAGCCAUAAACAGACGCGCCAAUAUACAUGCACACAUGCUCACCAAUACAAGCAUACACUCACACACACUGAAGUUGGAGGUGCACAACUCUGGCCCUGCAGGCUCUCAGAUCAAAGAAAUUCUAUUUAUGAAUGUUGUUAUUCUAAGAUUGCCCUAUUCAUGUCGCUAAAAAAAAGUAACCAGAGUUGUCCACCUUCACUCAAGAUCAAGUUUUAGUAAAAACUCUCCUACAUCCUUCCUGUUCUCAGUCAGAUGGCUAUCUGCUCACAUAGUUGAAUCAUCCACAAAGAGACACAAGUGUGCUCUGAGUGUGUGGGAUUUCAUAAUUUGCUCCUCGUUCCGCGUCCUCCUGUCCCGUUGAGGUGUUUCUAGGUCAGGCAGAGGUUGCAGUUCUAGUAUACCUUAUUUUUGUCAUGGUGAUGACCUCCAGACAGCUUCCUGCCUGGUUAAUUCAGUAUAAAUUAUUGAAAAGUGAUAAUAUGAUCAUGGUGUUUUGCACAUAGUUCUGUUUUCUUGGUUACAAAAUGAAAGUACAGAGUGUGUUAGUAUGGCUGGUCCUGUGCGCGAAUGUGUACUUCACUUAACGAGAACUCAAUGUAGUCGUUGAGAUCUGAAAGUUAAUCUUCCUUGUCCUACAUCUGUGCUUCUAUUCUGAGAUAAAUCGAUUCUGGUAAUUCAAAUAAGUAGAUUUCAGUAUCAUUUAUUUAGAACCCAUCUGUAGCCCUCAGCAGUGACUUGUGAGCUACUUCAAACACUAAAGUGGAAUAGGCCUGUGGCUUCAUAAAAUUUGACAGCAUGAUAAUGACAUGUAUGUUCAGCACACUCCAUGUAGCUGUUUCUCAAAGUCAAUGUGCACUAUUAGCCUUUUCUCUGGUUACAGGUGGUAACUGGUUUUGGGGGAGGAAUGUCAGCCUACCUAUUUUUCCUUAGUUGGCUUAUGUGUGCAGUAAGCUGUGCAGUUAUUGCAUGUCACUGUUUGACUGAUUGAAGAUGUUUGGAUCUUUUUGUGAAGAUACAAUGAACACCCAGGUCAGCAGGGUCACCAAUUCUCACCACAGACCCAAAAGAGGGCCAGUCAGAUGCUUGAUGGCCUGGUGCAACUAAAAAGGGAGAAACAUGAGAAAAACACACUUUUCUUUAUGAACUUUAGGUGUGGCAUUAACUGACUACUGUGUGGCUUCAUCUCAGUUGUUUUUGUAGCACUUCACACUUGGUUAAAAACUAACGCUGCUAUGAGUCUUGUGCUGUCGUGUUUCUUUUUGAAAAAAGACACAUAUUCAUAGGGAUGACGGAGAGAAGUGAACGGCCAGACAGUGGUUUUGAUUUUCCCAGAGAUUAACCUCUAUACAUGAAAAAGUAAAACACUGAUACUGUGUUUACCUCCACUACACAGCUAACAGUCUGUUUGCAUUUUCAUGACAAAGGCAGUCAAACCAGUUGUUUUUCCUCUGUCAGUAGUGGAUUACUGGCAUCAGAAGUUUCAUAUGAUUAAUAUACAAUAAUAACAGUGUUAUUCAGAACUAAGCUGUACAGACCACUGUCACUUCAGUAAAAUAUCGACGUGGUUACAUUUGUCGUGUUUUAGCCCCUCGUAGUGGUGGUGAAAGUCUGAAGCUGUGCACGAUGACUGAUACCGAACAUUAAAGUAGAUGAAACACUCCUGUGAAUAGAACCAAGUUGAAGAUCAGUGAUUUGCCAUGAAAUCAGCCAACACCUCGACAGUAUUGGGUUUUUGGGGAAAUAUUUUUGUUUGAAGUUCAUUGCACUUUCUUCGUUUUACGUUGAACUUAGUGCAAAAGACACAUCUUUUUAUUUAUGGUGUCAUUUAAGUUGUUUUCUUAAGUAGAACCAAAUUUCUUUUGGUUUGAUUUUACAUUAUGUUUUAUGUUUGUAUGGUUUUGUAAUGACAUGAUCAUAGCAUCAGCUAGAUUGAAAAGUGUUUAAUGACUUUGCAACUUGACCCUGCAAGAUCUGCUUGAAUGGAUGAGAAUGUGUAGGAUUGGUAUGAAAGGCCCUCAAAUGUUAUUCUGUCCUGAAAAGCUGUGAGAAAUCUACCAAAUGUCCAUAGAUUUGUUUUUAAAUCUUGGUUUGUGAUGUGUUCCCUUGCCAUGUUUUGCUGUAAGAUAUUACUUUUCUCUUUGCUACAAACACCCACAUGAUUCCCAUGUGUUUAAAGUUUUUGAAAAGUUGUCAAAUGAAGCCAUGCCACAGAGAGUCAUUUCGUGAUGUAUUUGGGCAAGUUGGUCCGCAGUAUAAAACGAUGUAUUUGAAGUUGGCUGACACAUCACUGUGUUUUUGACCCGUGACCAUGUUAUUUCACUGAAUCAGAGAAGAAACAUAUUCAAAAAGGGACACUUGUAUAUUUUGUAAAGUUGAAAAUUUGAUCCCCAUUAUCAAUCACAUGUAAAAAGAAAACGUAAUGCACUCUUGUCUGGCCUUUGUUGCAUGUGAAAUAGUUUGAGUUUUGUAUAUUUAUGGUAUUAACAUGGAAUAAAAUUUGAAAGAAA